AUGGCUAAGAGAGAACUAUUUCAAUUAUACCAGCGUAUACCAAGGGGCCUAAGCACCGCGGUGCUUCCAAAAUGUAACGUUUCACCUAAAGAAUACUGUGGUCCUGGUAUUGAAAAACUUAACAAGCUAAAAUCUGAAAAUAUUUCAGUAGUAGUAAAAGAUUUCUAUAGAAAGCCCCUAGUGAUCCACCAAGGGCAUAUGCAAUGGUUGUUUGACCAUGAGGGUAAAAGGUACCUGGAUCUCUUUGCUGGCAUUGUAACUGUAUCUGUUGGGCAUUGUCAUCCGACAGUCACGGCGGCUUUGCACCAACAAAUUGACACAUUAUGGCAUACGACAAGUAUUUAUAAACACCCAAAGAUCUACGAAUACGUGGAAAAGUUAUCAGCCAAAUUUCCUGGAGAUCUUAAGGUCGUCUACUUGGUGAACAGCGGUAGUGAGGCGAACGACUUGGCAAUUCUUUUGGCUAGAGCAUAUACUGGGAAUCAUGAUGUUAUCUCGCUACAAAGCUGUUACCAUGGUUACGCUAGUUCCCUUCUAGGGCUAACCGCUACUCAGGCAUACCGGUUUCCGAUGGCAGCGCCAUCGGGAUUUUACCAUGCUAUGUUACCGGAUCCAUUACGGGGAAUUUGGGGAGGCUGUCGAGAUUCAUUUUCUCAAGUUCCUGGUGCAUGCUCAUGUCCUGGAGAUUGUGUGACAUCAGACAAAUAUAUACAUCAACUUAAUGAACUUCUAGAAAAUUCGGUGCCAAAGGGCCGCAUAGCGGCAUUUUUCGCGGAAACAAUCCAAGGAGUUAAUGGAGCUGUACAAUUUCCUAAGGGCUACCUUAGAAAAGCUAGGGAAUUGGUUAAAAAUUAUGGUGGCUUAUACGUAGCUGAUGAGGUACAAACUGGUUUCGGUCGAACAGGUGAUAACUUCUGGGGUUUCCAAGAUCAUGGUAUUCAGCCGGAUAUUGUUACGUUGGCUAAAGGCAUUGGAAACGGGUUUCCGCUAGCCGCCGUUGUAACGACAAAAGAAAUAGCUGACGCACACCAGAAAGCUUCGUAUUUUAAUACAUUUGGGGGGAAUCCUCUUGCUGCUUCUGUUGGAAAGGCGGUAUUAGACGUGAUUGAAGAAGAAAAUAUACAACAGAAUAGCAAAAUUGUUGGAAAAUAUUUUAUUGAGCAAUUAAUGGAAUUACAAAAGUCGUAUCCCGUGAUUGGAGAUGUUAGAGGAAAAGGAUUAAUGUUGGGUGUAGAAUUAGUCAGGCCCGGUACUAAAGAUCCUCUUGAAGUUAUAGGAGUGGCAGAUAUUUUGGAGAUGGCAAAGGAUUUAGGAGUCAUGAUCGGUCGCGGUGGUCGAUGGAAUAAUGUGCUACGAAUUAAGCCACCUAUGUGCAUCAACAAGGAAGAUGUGGAUUUUGCAAUAACAGUUAUGGAUAAAGUUUUUAAAGUCUUUCAUGAAAAAAAUUAA